GAGAUUUAUCUGAUCCGUUUCUGGGGAUGUCUCGAAUGUAACACCCUCGUGAGAGUCUUAUUCGCUGUUACUUAGGUUAGGUCUAGGUUUAGAUUUUGUGGUAGCAUUAAGGUUAGGUUUAGGGUUAGGUGUAGGGUUUCCGUGGGACCUUCUAGACACGACCCGUCUCAAUAGUCUGCCGUGAAGUUUCAUUUCGGGUAGGCGCGCGCUAGUGUGCGUGUGUAUGUGAGCACGCCGUGAGUCUCUCGUCUCGCCUCUCAUUUGUAUGCGCUUUAUUUGCCGAGGGCGGCGUUCUUAAUAAGAUCAUAAAUCGUCAAAUCCAUAGUUAUUUCGUGACGUCUCCUAUUUCCACACAUUUAUAAAAACGGGUAUUUCUGUUGCGCACUAAUGUCGAUGGGGCUGGAGUCUGGAUUUUCUAGCGAGGAAGUGCUGAAUACUCGCUUCCCUCUUCACCGGGCGUGCAGAGAUGGGGAUGUGGGCGCGCUGUGCUCGCUUCUCAAGUGCAGCACAGAUCAACUCUCUGUGGAAGACUCUUUCUACGGUUGGACACCGUUACACUGGGCUGCACACUUCGGCAAGCUGGAGUGUGUUAUGCUUCUAGUGCAGGUGGGAUGUGGUGUGAACUCCAUGACCUCUCGCUUUGCCCAGACGCCUGCUCAUAUUGCUGCCUUCGGGGGUCAUCCACAGUGCUUGCUCUGGCUGCUGCAAGCUGGUGCUGAUCUUAAUAGACAGGACUAUGUGGGAGAAACCCCCCUCCACAAAGCGGCCCGGGCUGGCAGUGUUGACUGCAUUAACACACUGCUACUCCAGGGAGCCAAGGCAGACAUGAGGAACGCUAGUGGACUGACAGCAGCUGACCUAACCCAUGCCCAGGGCUUUCAAGAGUGUGCCCAACUGCUUUCCAAUGCCCAGAACCAGCAACUCAAUCAGCUUAAUGGGCUCUCAUCUAACAGCUCUUUGUGCUAUGGGGAUCGCAAACUAAUCCAAGAGCGGGGCAUCCUUAAUGGGGUACCCAAUCGAAAGAGGUCCCUUGAUUGCAUGGAGCCUAAUCAAAUUAAAAAGGCCAGAACGGAUGAUCUUGGUUAUCAGGCGAUGAGUGGAGUUAAUGGAUCCAGUGGAGGAGACCAGAUGGAGAACAUACACAUGGAGUUUGGGCCAACACUGAGUACCACAGGUGGGAACGGACCCUUAAAUGGAUCCUGUUCUUUGGGGUCCAAUGGCUACAGCAGUGCAGAGCAGGACCAGGGGGCCAGAAUGGAGAGCUUAUCCUCUCCAGCCCACAAAGAGCUGGAGAUCUUCACCGUGACCUCCAUGCAAAUACCAUGUCGUUGCACUAACUCCUAUGCCUAUUUGUAGGGCAAUUUGCCUUUGCUUCAUUUAGACUCUUCUGGUUAUGUGUGUCUAGAUGGGAAUAUAAUACAGUUUAGUACACUUCAUGUGUAUAAAGCCUUUCAUAAAAAUUGUCACACUAUCCCGUCCUUUUAACUUUAGUUGGUGUGCACUUUGUAAAAAAAUAAAAUAAGUUAUUUUGAUCAGUUUGGAGAAAUUUUGUUUUGUUUUGCACAAAUACUUCCCUGAACACUUUUUUUUUAUUAUUAUUAUUUUUAUUUUUUUAUUUUGAUUCCUGUACAUUCCAAGUUAAAAAAAAAAAAUCCCACCUUGUCUCUAAAGUCUCUGCAUUUUGAGGCAGUUUUGUAUGCCCUGAAAUCCAUACUCGAAAAGUAAAAUGUCUUUUUGUGUUUGAUCUUAAAAUGACUGCUUUUGCAGAGUUGCAUUUCCCUUGCCAAAUUCCUGCCCUUUAGACUGUUUGUUACUUUUGACACAAGUGACCCAUUUUAUUGUCCUGCAAAGUAGCAAAAAGGAAACACAGAUUCUAGGUGGAUUCCAGCAUGUUAUUUUUUGUAGUGUUCCUAUGUAAUUUCCAUUUGGACAUUUUUUAUAUUUUAUCCAUGUUGUUUUUUUUUUUGUUUUGUUUUUUUCCUGUCAUGAAUGUUUUCUUUUCUUCUUCUUCUUGUUAUACCAAAGUAUAUCUUAACGUGAAUUUACAAAUUACAUUUAUGGACCUUCGCUGUGCAGCUUUCAAACGUAUAUGUUCUUGUAGGGAAGUGCCAGAUGCUGUUCAGUCUGAUUUCUUUGUCCUCAGAUCUUUUGACUCUGUUAGGUUGUAGUUUGCUUUCUGUGAGUGUUCUGUGGGCAAAAUCUGUUAAAGAGGAUCUAUUUAGUUAGAUUUGUUGUAUCUUUGCAGUUAAAUGUUUAUCUAUCUGGUUAUUGAAAGAGGGGAAAGUCCUUUUUCCGGCUAAUAUUUUGCUUAGAAUUUUGUAUGUAGUCUAGAUAUUAUUUGCUUGAGGUGAAGGAAAGUCUUUGAUUCAAAUGUACUUUUAUAUAUGUUCAAAUAAAAAGAUCUAUUUGUCAGAAUUUGUUCUCCCAAAAAAGAAGUCUGAAGUAAAUGGCCAAGGCCAUAAUUUUUUGCACUGCAAAUAAAAUGCAUGAUUGCCUACUCUAAAACUUUUCUGUAUUACAAGGGACAUCUGACUGAAAGUGCUCAUUUACACAGCUAAGUCGGACACUGAGAUAGAGGUAAAAAUAUAUAGUUCAUGUAGCAUAGCAGGAUGCUUAAUAUUGACAAAUGUAAUUUCUAUACUCAUUAAAUGUUCUGUCUUUUAACAAUCA